GUUCCAACCCUGUUCUGAAUUGUAUUGAACCAGUUAAACCGCCACCCAGACCCCGAAGCAGUUCAUUAUUUCACUGCACGUGCCUGGAGUGGAGUGACCCUCUAGUACCGUGGUUGGACACCCCUACCGGAUGUCAAGAAAGACUAAGUGGACAUUUUCUUCUUGUCCGAGCAGUAUAGAUUAGUAAAGUUUCGCUGCUUUGAGGAUUCUCGGCUUGCGUGCAGUUUUAACAAUGAUACCCUUACAAAAGAGUAACGGUAAAAGAACAUUUCUUUCCCUCUGGCAAAUGACUGUGGGAAGCUUUGUUCGGUCAUUGUUAGUUUUUGCCUUUGGACUAGGAGUUGGCUUUGGUUUGAGCAGUUUCUUAUUAAGUAUUGCGUUUGAGGAGAAAAAGCAAGAACAUUACAGUGUGAUACCGAAUGAUCCUCAUGGACACCUUCCAGAUGAUUCUGACAGUCAAGUGUUGCAGGGACAAAUGAACUUCAGUGUUGACCAUUGGCAUUAUUCAGAAGACAAAAUGGUUGCAGAGGAUCUUCAUAAGAAUGUUCGAGUCUUGUGUUGGGUGAUGACUGGACCACAGAACCUGGAAACGAAAGCCAAGCAUGUUAAUGCCACUUGGACCAAGCACUGCAACAAAGUACUCUAUAUGAGCUCAACAGAGGACAAAAACCUCAAUGUGGUGAGGCUAGAUGUUAAAGAGGGCAGGGACCAACUCUACUGGAAAACUAUCAAAGCCUUUCAUUAUAUUUAUGAGCAUCACUUUGAUGAAGCUGACUGGUUCUUGAAAGCAGAUGAUGAUACUUUUGUUGUCCUAGAAAAUCUGCGCCUUUUGCUUUCUAAAUAUAAGCCAGACCAACCAAUAUACUUCGGACGUCGGUUCAAACCCUAUUUAAAACAGGGGUAUAUGAGUGGAGGAGCUGGAUAUGUGUUAAGCAAAGAAGCACUGAGGAGAUUUAUUGAGGGUUUCAAAACCAAACAAUGCACUCAUGUUACUUACGUUGAAGAUCUGGCAUUGGGAAGGUGUAUGGAGACAAUGAAUGUAACAGCCGGAGACGCCAGGGAUAAAAAUAAAAGAGAAUCUUUUCACCCGUUUACACCAGAAAUGCAUCUUGUUAAAUCCUAUGGGGCCAAAACUUUCUGGUACUGGAGCUAUAACUUGUAUCCCACUGAAGAGGGUCCAGGAUGCUGUGCUGAUCUCGCAAUAUCAUUCCACUAUGUUGAUUCAAUCCACAUGUAUGAGUUGGAAUACUUAGUUUAUCAUUUGCGGGCCUAUGGGUACAAGUACAGAUACAAUACAGAUGGAGAGUAAUAAAAAGAAGAUACAGAAUCAAUGAAAAGAAAUAUAGGAUUAAUUAGAACAGUGGUGCACAACUCAAUCCUGGAGGGCCGGUGUCCCUGCAGGUUUUUAUUCCAACUGCACCCUAAAGUACUUUAUUGGACCUGAUUAGAAGCUUAAUUGGCCCAAUCAACUAAUUUAGAGUAUGGUUAGAACUAAAACCAGGAGGGACACCGGCCCUCCAUGGCUUGAGUUGUGCACUAUUGAAUUAGAAGAACUGAAAUUAUUUUGAAAUUUGUGGAUGCAUUGCACUGCUUUUUGUUUGGUUGUAAACUGAGAUAUAAACUAUGUCCUAAAUACAAUGUUGUCAUGUAUAUCUUGUAUCCUCUAUAUGCAGUCUCUUGUUGUCAAGGAUAAUAAUGUUUACAAUGUUGUGUGUGUGUGUGACCAAAUACCCUCAGCACGUAAUUUUUUUGUCACAUUUUAAAACUGGAAUCUAAAAGUUACCAUUUUCAGAAAGAGUUUAUCAGCAGUUGAAUAAGUACAGAUGAGGGAUCAUAGCUUUUUUUACUUUUAAAGGAAAUACCAAUGUAAUUAAAUGCAGGGACUCAAACUGUAUUCUACGUUUUCACCCUCCAUUAUGUAUAUCAGGCUUUGAGAUUUAGAACGAUUUUGAUAAAAAUAACGAUGGGCCUGUGUUUCUCAAAUGCUGCCGACAAGGCGAUCACCUGCAAACCUUACAGUGAUGUUGGUAAUGGUAGCUUUUGUUUAGCCUGUUGCACUAAUGUUAGGAUAAUUUUAUUGAUUUGCAUUUUUUUUUUUCCAGCUGAUUCUGUUGAUGUUUUCUUUAGCAUAAAAGGUGUGGCCACAAUACUGUUUUGCUUGAGAUCCACUUUUCCAUGGUCCUACCUGACAGCUGCAACAUCUGGUGUGCUUUUAAUAAUCAUUUAAUUGACUAUUUCUUACUGAUAACUGAAUUUGUUCAGUGCUAUGCAAUAAGGGUCUUGUUUCCAUCCUUGUGAGGGCAUCAUGGUUGGUGUCUCUCGAUUUCUCUCUCAUUGUUUAUAAUGUAUCUAUUUAGAAUGUAUCUAUUGUGGGCUGCAGUGGGGUUUGUGGGUUAUAUGUGUGUCUUACAGAGUGAAACUCAACACAGCUGGAAAAUGCAUAGUGGCUGACACGUGGCAACUGUCCAGAACUAAUAGCUAAGUAUUUUACUUGAUCUGUUAUUUUGUAUCAGGGCUAAUUCAUAAACUCUAGUAGUAGUGAAUUUCUCUGUAUAAUUUGACCUGUAUGUUAAUAAUAAAACUUGACUAGUGUGAAAUGAAA